CCUUCAGGUCUCAUCGCCUUCGCCUGGCUAGUUCCUCCUCCGCCGCUUCCUUCUCGACUGCUCUUGCUUGCUAGUUGCUCGGCUCAGAUCUGCGGCGAUGGCCGUCGAUCUGAUGAGUUACGCCGAAAUAGAGGAGAAGAUGGCCAUCCAGGAAGCUGGCGCCGCUGGACUCCGCUCCAUGGAGCACCUCAUCCUCCGCCUCUCCGAUCACCGAUCCCAGCAACAGCUAGAUUGCCGCGAUAUCGCUGACGUCACCGUGUCCAAGUUCAAGAAGUUCAUCUCCGUCCUCAACCGUACCGGCCACGCCCGAUUUCGUCGCGGCCCUACUGCAUCGCCCCCGCCGCCGGCGGUGCCGGAGCCGGUUACCGCUGUGGCGAAAACCAUGACCCUCGCCCCCGUCCCGCUCCGGAUCAAGCCUCCCGGACAUCCCCUUCCGCCUGCGGCGGUGCCUGCCCUUGCCCAGGCCCGGACCCUCGACUUCACUAAGCCGAUUCCCGCCUCCGCAAGCGAGACGUCGCCGCCCAGCCGAUUUAACAGGGAGUAUUUCAGCAUCUCUACGCCGAUCUCCCCCGCGACAUCUUCGUUCGUGUCUUCCGUCACUGGCGACGGCAGUUUGUCGAACAGCCGGUUCGGUGCCGCCUCAUCCCUCCUCCCCCCGCCUGUUUCAGCCGGCAAGCUUCCGAUCGUCUCCGCUGCGGUCGAUCGACGGUGCCACGAGCACGCUCACGCGCACUCAGAGCACGUCGUCGGCAAGUGUGCCGUCCCCGGCGUGCGUUGCCACUGCUCCAAGAGAAGGAAAUCUCGUGUCAAGCGGACGAUCCGCGUCCCGGCGGUGAGCUCGAAAUCUUCCGACAUUCCCGCCGACGAGUACUCGUGGCGAAAGUACGGGCAGAAGCCGAUCAAGGGCUCCCCUUAUCCCAGGGGCUACUAUAAGUGCAGCACCCUCCGCGGUUGCCCCGCCAGGAAGCACGUGGAGCGAGCACUCGACGACCCUUUGAUGCUGAUCGUGACCUACGAGGGGGAGCACCGCCAUACCUCGAGCGCCGCCGCCGACUCCGUCAUUUGAGGUUUGUAGGAACAAAAACUACACCAAGGGGGUUUACUUUGCGGGCAGUGGCUUCGCAUACCGAUGCGACCAUAGUUGAGAUGCCCGCUUUCAAGAUGCCCGUUUUCAUUGUUUAUAUUUUGCCUAUUUGGUUGUAUUAAUAUGAAUAAUUUAUUCUAGUAGUUUUAUUUUCUCAAUUUUUUUUGAUGUGCACCUGCCUGAAUUGGGUUGUGUAACUUGCCAUUUUAGAUGGUUAGUUCGCAUAGUCCAGCUCCAGGAAUAGUCGUUUGGCUUCCUCGGUUGUUACUAUGGCUUCUGUUGCCUGCCAAAUCAACUGACCAACUUGAUCUA